AUGUCCAUCUUAGAUUUGGAUGAUUUUGAUGACGAGGAUUUUGAGGACUCAUCAGUGGAUCACUCCGAAGAGGGAUCAUGGAGAAGUAAUAAGAAUAGCGAACAGCAAUUAUCAGCCCGAAGCGAAAAUCCAUCAUCUCAUCACCAGCACGAAGAAGAAAAUCCUCAUGAAAUUGAAGAUCUAGAUCCUAUGAUGUUCGGAGGCAUAGAGACACAUCAUAAUAGUGUAGAAGAUGAAAAUGAAAGCAAUGAAGAAGAGGAACAAAAUAAUAAUACCUCAAAAGAUCCUCCUAACAUUGUUGACCUAGAGGACUUUGAAUUGAGUGACGACGAACAGACGUUGUCCAACGUUGAACAUCACCAAUUAGAAAGCUCAGCUCAAAACAAAGUGGUUGAAACAAAAGCAAUAAUGGAAGAAAAACAUAGAGAUGAAUCAUAUUUGGAAGAUACUGAGGAUUUUGAUGAAUUCAGUGAGGAAGAUCAAGAAGUUACCGUUUUACAUCCUUCUUCGGAAUCUAUUAAGGGGGUAGUGGAGCAGCCUCAAACAGAGGAGAGAAAAAAGGAAACAAGAUAUAACAUUCAAAAACAAGAUAAUCAUAUUCAAAAAGAUACAUCGGAGCGUUGUGAAACUCAACAACACGACCGAUUAAUAGAAAAAGAGAAGACUCAGUGCAUGAUGAAUGUGUUACCGAAGCAGGAACUUUCAAAAGUAGAAAACAGUGACCAAGAGAAAAAAGAGUUACGCCAAUCUAAAACAUCUCCCAAACACCCACCAACGGAGGUUGAACCAUCUUGCAAGAUCUUCAAGGACAAACCAGAAUCUCUCUUUAUGCCUCACAACGACAACAAUCAAAAGGUCACCGAAAUAGAAAUGUUGAAAUCCAAAACAUAUGCACCUAUGAUUAAGAUGAUAGAGGAAAUAUCAGAUCCAUUUGUAAAAGUCAAAACAGCUUUCGAAUCAACAGAAGACGAAAAGUGGAACAAUGUUGUUUUCAGAAAAUACGGUGUUGAAUCAACAAUGACAGAAACCCUUUCAAAAAAGAGCUCAAGACAGAAUAUCGAUCUUAGAGACGAAAGUAUCUUUCAUUUAGUACUUGGUUUGUUUUAUACUAACGGUUUUUCUCUAGCGACAGAAAAAAAUAGAUUUCAAAGUUCCUUCAAAAAACAAACGCCCAGAGUGACAGAGAAGACUGAAUAUGCAUCAUUCAGCAACACAACUACCACUCUAAACACAACUAUUUCUAAAACAAGCUCAAAGCCACAAUCAUUUGAUCAUACAUCACUUUUUUCUCAACACUUCAAAGACAAAGGAAGCCUUUCGCAGGUGUUAGAAUUGUACUUAUUAGAAUUUCUAGAGAAAAAUAAGGGAACACUUAGGAGUAAUUUAAUUUUUAUUUUAAUGAGCGAAUUAGUGGCAAUUUUAAACACUAUUUCUUUGUAUUUCUAUUCCACUAUUUCUCAAGAAAGUAGUGUGAACAUUCCAUCUUUCUCAUAUAGAGGACCAGAACUAAGCUGCAAUAUUUUUGAGACGUUCAUGUCAUGCUUUCCUUUUGUUCAAUUAUCUACAAACAAGUAUACCUUAGAACACUGGCUGAGUUUAAGCCAUAUCAACGAAAUAAUUUAUACUCUCUCCAGAAUCCUUAAAAGCCGCUUUUGGAAUUUUGAUUUUAGACCUAACUGUGAUCUUAGCCAUCUCAAGUUGGAUGCCAAUUUGCAUGUUUUUGACGCUCAUUUACCUCAACCAUCAUCAAAUUCCAAUAUUUUAGAAAUACCCCUCAAUGAAUUGAUGUAUCUUCAGAAAAACAUGAAACAAGAGCAGGAUUCUUCGACACAACAAACUCCCAUAGAAACACUUGAAACACGACUCAAAAAUUCAAUUCUCUUCGAACGAAACUGCAACGGUGUUGAAAAGAACUUGUUUGCUAAAUACCAACCUUCCCUUGUUCAAACUUGUUUGGAUGAAGUUCUGAAUGAAAUAUUUUCUGAUAAAUGUAUUAUCAACACCAUUCGUCAAAGGGUGGCAGAAAAAAUUGAUCAACUUUGA